UGCAUACUAUAUUAGGUGAACUUUUUAAAUAUCUUUAGUUCCUUUAUCGCACUUCCUUCAGCUCUAAAUUAUAGUACCAGGUUACCAAUAUAUCAUAUUUGGAUGCACCAAAUUAAAUUUAUUAUUUAUCAUUUUCCCCACUGUAACUGUCGUAUAAAUAUAGAGGGUGCGUGGGUAUGAAGUGUCAUUCAAACGUUGGAUAGAUAGUACGUUAACCAAGAUGAGAGCUGUCAGUGUAAUUGUGGGAUUAUGCCUAGUUAUAUGCUGUAGUGCCGCACCUAAAAUCGAUGAUGGAUCAUCUUGGGAUAAUCUUUUACAAAUUGGAGGUGAUGUAGAAGUAACAAAAACAGCUUCAUCAAGCCGAAGCUCCGAUGUUUCCUUCACUGAUUUCGUCCAGAACUACAUUAAAUCUCACGACGUCUCCUUCAACCUUCCGCUCAUCGGUUCCACAGUCACUUUAGGCGGUAGAAACCUCGACAACGAAGAACUUUCUUUCAAACUGAAAUUCGACUCUGGCAGCCAAGUCCAAGCCCGCAAGAAGUCCAAAAUCAAGAAGAUCUUCGUUCCGAUCCUAGCCUUCAUCUUGAUCAAAGCCAUGACUUUGAUUCCUCUAGCCCUGGGUAUUCUUGGAAUCAAAACCUGGAACGCCAUUCAGCUGUCUUUUGUGUCGUUCGUUACUACUCUGGCUUUGGCUGUUUGGAAGCUGUGCUCUAAGGUUAAUGGAGAUCAUCCUCAUCCACAAGUCAUCCACGAAACUUUUGAUCCUCAUCAUUUCGAUCAUCAUCAUAUUGCCGCUUCCAGGUCUGAUCAAAUGGAAGGUGUACAAAUGGCUUACAACGCUUACGCGCCUGCCCAAAACUAGGACAGAACUCCUGUGAUUUGUUAUGUAUAAUAAUUUAUUUCUGUUAAUAAAAAGCUCUUAAAAAUGGAUUAUUUUUUAUCUAAAAUUAGAUAUAAAGAAUUUCUUUUAAUGUGAAUGUAACUGAGCUGAGAAAUGAAAUUUUUCAGUAAACUAGU